AUGUUUGGGAGCCGUCCCGGGCUGGGGAGAGCAGCGAGCCGAGCCGGAGCUCGCUCCGCCAGCGUUGCUAUCCCAGGCUCCCUGCUCCCCAAAGCAGCUCCGAUGCCCCCGGCUCCAGGCCGGCUUUGCAGCAGUUCAGCGGCCGCGCUCGGGUCCUGUGAGCAGAAAGCAACCAGUGAGAUGAACACUGCAGAGGACUGGGGCCUCAUCUUAGAUAUUUGUGAUAAAGUUGGACAGUCACGCACAGGGCCCAAGGACUGUCUUCGUUCUAUUAUGAAGAGAGUGAACCAUAAAGAUCCCCAUGUCGCUAUGCAGGCAUUAACACUUCUAGGAGCAUGUGUGUCAAACUGUGGUAAAAUCUUUCAUUUAGAAGUCUGUUCGAGAGAUUUUGCUAGUGAAGUAAGCAACGUGUUGAAUAAGGGUCAUCCAAAAGUCUGUGAAAAGCUGAAAGCUCUCAUGGUGGAAUGGACAGAUGAAUUCAAGAAUGACCCACAGCUUAGUUUAAUAUCUGCUAUGAUAAAAAAUCUUAAGGAGCAAGGAGUUACUUUUCCAGCUAUUGGUUCACAGGCUGCUGAACAGGCAAAAGCAAGCCCAGCCCUAGUUGCUAAAGAUCCUGGCACAGUAGCUAAUAAAAAGGAAGAGGAGGAUUUAGCUAAAGCUAUUGAACUGUCACUAAAAGAACAAAGGCAACAGCAAGCAUCGCUUUCCACUUUGUAUCCGAGCACCUCAAGCCUUUUAACAAAUCACAAACAUGAGGGCCGAAAGGUUCGUGCUAUCUAUGAUUUCGAGGCUGCUGAGGACAAUGAAUUAACGUUUAAAGCUGGAGAACUUAUAACUAUACUUGAUGACAGUGAUCCAAAUUGGUGGAAAGGUGAAACUCAUCAGGGUAUAGGAUUGUUUCCAUCUAAUUUUGUAACAGCUGAUCUUUCUGCUGAGCCAGAAAUGAUGAAAGCUGAAAAGAAAACGGUGCAGUUCAGUGAUGAAGUUCAAGUAGAGACCAUAGAACCUGAGCCUGAACCAGUUUAUAUUGAUGAAGAUAAAAUGGACCAACUCUUGCAGAUGUUGCAAAGUGCAGAUCCAUCUGAUGACCAGCCAGACCUCCCAGAAUUGCUUCAUCUUGAGGCAAUGUGCCACCAGAUGGGACCUCUCAUAGAUGAAAAGUUGGAAGAUAUAGACAGGAAACAUUCAGAACUUUCAGAGCUCAAUGUUAAAGCAAUGGAGGCCCUUUCUUUGUAUAACAAGUUGAUGAAUGAAGACCCAAUGUACUCCAUGUAUGCAAAACUACAAAACCAACAGUAUUACAUGCAGUCAUCUGGCGUUUCUGGCUCUCAGGUCUAUCCAGGGCAGCCUCAAAGCAAUGCAUAUUUGGUGGCAGGGAGUGCACAGAUGGGACAUAUUCAAGGUUAUAAUCUUCCUCCUGAACAACUCCCUUCUCUCAGCCAAGGCACAGUUACUCCAUCUGCUAGCUCGGGACUGCCUGGUCAGCCUGCCCAAGCAUCCUAUACCAAUGCAAUGGUUGGCUCUGUUGCUGCAAGUACAUAUUCUAGCCAGGCUCCGGUGUAUAGCCCACCACCUGCUUCUGUGGAUGUUGCUGCCUAUCAGAAUGCUGGAACUAAUAUGCCCCAGGUGCCCAACUAUAACUUAGCAUCUACCCCUGUGCCACAGACCGCAGGCAGUCAACAAGCACCUCCACAACAACAGCCACCACCACAGCAGCCACCACAUAGUUACUCCCAGAAGGCUCUACUAUAGGACCCAGGACUUCUCAUACCUGAUCUUCUUAUAACCUCUGCUAAAUGCAGUUGGUAAUGUUAUGAGUUUCUUCCUUUAAUCUCCUAAACUUUGUUUAUCCUCAGCUUAAUAAGAAUCUAUCUUGGUGAACAAGUUCAAUUUGCACUGACUUUUUAGGAUUUUUUUUUUAAUUUUGCAGAGGAACGGAUAUAUUUAGGACAUUUAAUUCCUUUUAAAAUGCCUAAAAAUUGGUACAAGAUUAUUUAUGUCUGGUAAAAUUGGCUAGUCUGUGAAAACUCAACACUUGCAAACUGUUGUGACAUAUAUGUUAUGUACAUAUAGUGUUUGAUUGCAAUAGUGACAGUUUCGUAUAGCUAUGGUGAUCAUGUGAAUAUAUUUAACACAAUGUUAAAAGAAUAAUUUACACUAUUUUAUUUUAAUCAAGAACUGACAACUGUGUUUCAUAGUUUUAUCUAGUUUUAUGACAGAUGUGAUGUCUUUUUGCAAUACAGGACAAGUAAUUCUGCAUAUCAUGGUUACACGUACAAGCUAAGGUCUAUAUAUAAAUUUCCAAACUUACCUGAGUCUAGGUUUCAUUACUUUUGAAAUGAACACAGUGUAUCAUGACUAUUAGCUGACUUUAUCUACCAAAGUAAACUAGUUAAGUUUUAAAGUCGUCUGGGACAAUAACAGCAAAAUAUGAUUCUGCUUCACAUAUUACUAAUAAUUUAAAACUAUUAUUCAGAGGCUGCUAAACAUAUCAUGGGACCAUAUAACAGACCAGGAUCUUACAUUCUAUCAUCAAAAGCAUGUAAUUUAUUUUUUUCCGUGUUGGCUUUUUAUAAUGAGAAUUGGAGUUGUAUUCUAUGUGUGCUGGUAGAGAUUACACCAAAGACAGAAAUUGAGUUGGAAGAGAAACGCUGGAGAUUUAAACUGGAA